AGGAAAUGUUGAAUGAGAAUUCUGAAAGCCACAGCUGUCGCCAUCUAGCCACAUUUUUUUCUGAUGAAUAUUGAUGUUGCAACAAGCGUCUGUACAUAUAAAUAUACAAUGCGUCUUUAAAGUCCAUACUUUGAUCGCUCAUUAGCUGUCAUGUCACCCUGUAAUUGUAUGAGCUAGCUACUGGCUAAUACCUGUGUCUAACGGCGACGGGUCGAAGAGCGUACACCUGUGCUAGCUAUCCAUUAAUUUGUGAAAAUAUCCAGUACGCCAGUAGCUUGUUAUCACCCAACCCAAGGAAGGUAUAUCUUGACAGAAUGCGAUGGGAAACUGUUGGGCUUAUUGUUCUGGAAUCUUCAGAAGAGAAGCAAACAUUAUACAACGAGGAGGCGGGUCAAAAUACUUUAGAAGCAGUACAACUGGGGAACAUUACACAAUAGAGUUUGAAAACCUUGUUGAGAGUGAUGAGGCAGAGAGCCCACAAAGCUGUCCCAGGCCUAUCAGUGAAGAUGAGAUCAUCCACCUCAAAGAGCACCGGUAUGCUGCAAUUUCCGAUCAGCAGACCUUGAUAGACGAGAAGUUGCAAGCAGAGUUAUUAGCACAAGAGGAGAAGUUAAGGCUAGAAGAGGAGGCUAGAAAUGCUGCCCAGCGUGAGGCCGCCAGGCUGGCACGCGAGCGAAAGCUAAAGGAGCAACAGCUUGCACAACGGAAAAAAAGCAAGACAGAAGUCCAAGGUGGCGCAGCCCAUCCAAGAAAGCAUGGCUCAGGUGAAGACUUUGAUGUCUACCUACAGAAUGUGAAAGUCAUGUCAGAAGCCUUCAGGAGUAGCAGGCUGUCCUCUGAGACUAAUGUGAUCACUCCCAACACGGAGAGCAGCUGGGACUUCAACACCAAGACCCGCUCCACCAACGAUGACGGAACCUCACUGGACCUGGAGUGGGAGGACGAGGAAGGGAUGAACCAGGUGGUCCCAGCGUGGGAGAGGUCUAAAACCGAGGAGGACAUACUCCGGGCAGCACUCCGGCCGGGUGAGAAGCAGACGACCAGCGGUACGGCCUCCGCCUCUGAGGACUCCAACGCCCUGGAGUGGGAGAACGACUUUGUGAGCGCUCACGGCGAGGAUAAUGCUGAGGACAAUGCAGAGGACUCUGAAUACGAGUGCUUUGUCAACCCUGUCAUGGAUAUGCACACCCCAUCUGAGGUAACACCACCGGUAGAGAUAACUGCACCGGAGACUGAGAAGAGAUAGUCCCCAUCGCCUGGGGAACCAGAGUCAAAUCCUAAUGUUAGACCACAUUUUGAAUGUUUGAUUAUACACCUCAUCAACUUCAAAUGUGUUUGUUUGUCCUCAUUGGCUGGUGGACCAGUUUUGAUUUGACAAUCUUCUCUUGUGUUAAUUAAGCCUUAGUUGGCAACAUUUUCAUGUCAUCCAGUGCAUCAUUGAAUCAAGUGCAAUUUCCAGAUCUAGUUUGGUGUGAUAGUGAUUGUGUUUUUAUUUGUGAGAGGGCUAUAGUGUUUUCACAGUUAGAAUGAACUGAAAACAACAUCGGGACACGUACAAUAAAAGCAACAACAACCUUCUAUCAGUGCCUGAAUCACUAGGAAAUAAAACUUUCAUAAAUUGUUGACCAGUUCAUAGGAUAGUUAGCUGAUGAGGAUUUUGUCCGUUAACAAGUGAAUAUUUAAUCAAAGUGGUUCUCCAAGGAUCAUAGCUUGCCAGUUGUCUGGUAUGAAACAUGUAGAGAACCCCUAAUGGAGUGGAGUAUAUCAUGUAGCAACUUGUCUGUACACUCAAUGUGUUUUUAAUUGGAAAAAUGCAAGUCCUAAGAUUUGCUAUUUUGUUUAUCCUCUCAGUUCCAAUUAACAAGUGACUCAUCAUGGACACACAGUACUACAUUUGAUUUGUUAGUUUGAAAUUACAUGUGUCUGUUAGUCAAAUGCUGCUCAAGUUAUGGACAGGUUUGUGUGCCCAACAUUUUUAUUUGUAUUAUAUACAGUAAAGGUUGGCUACAUCACAUUUGUAGAAUUCCUUACACCUAUGUACACAUUUAAAUCUUACAGCGUCAGACUUUUCUAUUCUUUUAAAUAAAAGUUUAGGAUUGAUUUGUCAUGGUGA